AUGGGAGGGCUUCUAUCCUCACCUAAAACUGACAAAUACAAUGAAACUGGUUGUGGCAAUGGACUUCGAUACGGGAUCUCCAGCAUGCAAGGCUGGCGUCUUUCAAUGGAGGAUUCUCACUGUGCCAUAACACAACUUCCUGGGAAUCUUAAGGAUUGGUCGUUUUUUGCUGUUUUUGAUGGCCAUGCUGGUGCCUUGGUAUCAGAACUCUGUGCCACAGAGCUGUUGAAGUGUAUUGUGGAUACUGAGGAAUUCAAGAAAAUCAAUCCUGACUUGGCACCUAGUUUACAAGAAGUAGAACGUGGCAUUCGCGAUGGUUUCUUAUCUUUGGAUGAUCGUCUUCGACACCUUCCUCAACUUGCUAGCGGUGAAGAUAGAUCAGGAUCCACUGCUGUCUGUGUGCUCAUAACACCUAAACAUAUUUUCUUUGCCAAUUGUGGCGACUCUCGUGCCAUACUCAUUCGAAAAGGUAAAGUUGCCUUUGCUACAGUUGAUCAUAAACCUGUAAAUCCAAAUGAGAAACAGCGUAUACAAAAUGCUGGUGGUUCCGUUAUUAUACAACGAGUAAAUGGUUCUCUUGCGGUUUCUCGAUCAUUAGGGGAUUAUGCCUUUAAAGCUGCUAAAGAUUUAGGUCCUACGGAGCAACUUAUAUCCCCAGAACCUGAAAUCACUGUUGUUGAUCGUGAUAAAGAUUUAGAUGAAAUUAUCGUUUUAGCCUGUGACGGUAUUUGGGAUGUUUUAACUAAUGAAGAACUUUGUUUACUUUUGCAAAAUCGCAUGCGAUGUGUUGAUGACUUAUCAAUGAUAUGCAAUGAAACUAUUGAUAUGUGUUUGUAUAAAGGGAGUUCCGAUAAUAUGAGUAUGGUUCUAGUGGCAUUUGAUCCUGCUCCUCGAGUAGAUCCUACUUCUAAAACGGAAGAUGAAAAUUUAGAAUCUGUUUUAGUACAACGUACUAAAGAAUUUCUGGAAAAGCAUAGCAAAACUGAAGUAACAACUGAAAUGGUUGUAGAAGAUUUACAAGCAUCUGUUGGCAGUUUGCCAUCUUCUGGAAAUUGGCUUUGCAAGAUUGGCAAAAUCCAAGAACUGAUUGAUUCUCAUCGUCUGGCUUAUUCAAAUCGUGGGAUUGAGAACCGAUGA